GCUUAUGUUCCACCUUUCUCCCUCUCCUUAACUCUAGACUCGCCAGGAGCCAAAAUAAUUUCCUCACCUCCAAGCUCCCUACAACACUACCUCCAAGCCUCGCCACCUAUAUAAACCAGGGUACAGCUGUAUAGGUGUCAGAUACCAAAUGGCCAGCACACACACAGUGUCCCUGCUGAUCGCUGACGGUCCUCCCGGCCCCCCAGCUCGGGGCGCCGGGGCUCGAGGGCCCCCGCCACGCCGAGCUGCCUGGCGGGCCCGGAAGAGCACGCAAAGACGGGCACGUCCCGAUCGCCUGAAUUCACUGGAUUUCAUCCACAGCUGCGACGCCCGAAUACAGACCAGCUACGCUGUAGCACAAAACACGGCACCUUCUCAGGGCCUUUCACAGGAAGAUGAUUUGGCUGAACUUGUAGCUCAGCAGAACUUGUCCCUGCCUUGGGUGGACAGACCACCUCCAGUGACUGUGAUUAACAGGCUGGGCGAAGGGGCCUACGGCACAGUGGACUUGGUUGACUGUGGCGGUGAGGUGGUGGUGAGGAAAGUGUUUAAAUACCAAGACAGUUACGCUGAGGCUUAGGCUCUGUGCCUCCUGCAAGGGGCAGGCGGCGCCCCUGUGCUACUGGGAGUGAACCCACAGCCCCUCACCGUGUUCACCUCAUUUUGCGGCUCCAGCAUCACCCUGGACGCCUACCUAGAGUCCCGCCCCCCCCUGGACCUGCUGCUGCACGUUCUGCUGGACCUGAGCGUCAAGCUGCAACAGGUGCACGACGCUGGCCUGGUGCACCUGGACCUGAAGGGCGACAACGUCCUGGUGAGCCAAACUCCGCAGGGAGGUCUGGAGAUCCACGUCAUCGACUUCGGCCUCGCCUCACUGCCCGGGCGGGACAGCGGCUUCAGGGACGUGGACCUGGACCGCUACAACUGGAUGUGUCCCCAGGUGUGCCGCGGCGGCACCGUCACCUUCGCCGCCGACGUGUACGCGCUGGGCCGCCUCAUCCAGACGGUGCAGCGGCACUUCCUGGGCGACUUCCUCUACACCCUGCUGGGCCACGUGGCCGACCUGGCCCUCACGCCCGAGCCCAGCCAGCGCCCGCCGCUGUGGGCCAUCACGGCCUUCCUGCGCCGCCUACAAGACCCAGACCCUACUGACAGCCCCCAACAUUCACUGCCCAGCCCCAGCCCCCCAGCCCCACCGACCAGCCACAGUCCCCCACCCUCACCGCCCACCCCACAGAGCCCCCCAUCGCCGCCCAGCCUCGGCCCCCCACCCUCGUCGUGCUUCGUGAGAAUACUUAUGAGAGGGGUGAUGAACGUUUUGAGGGUUGCGAUGGAAAUGACAUUCGAGUAAGGAGUAAAAAAAAAA